CCACCCUAACCGUUUGUUAAUUCUUUCGCCCUCUUUUCUCUUCAAUCCUUAUAUAUUGAUCCUCUCACACAUUCACUCAUUUGGUUUUCACUCUGAAAAUUCCAAAUUUCUCUUCGCUCUUUGAUGGUGACUGACUCCUCGCCUCCUCCAUCAGACACCGACCCCAUCGCCAACGGCGGAGCGCAUCUCAGUCCCCAAUCGCGCCGCCGCAGCCUCCCCUCUCCGUGGGCUUCGGUUGUGCGCGGAGAUCCCGAGCCAAACGCACCCCCCGCACCCGCCGCCGCCGCCUCAGCCUCAGCCUCCGCCUCCACGUCUUCUCCGCCCAUGGAGGAGGCUUUGUCUUCUGAUAACUCGGAAUCUCAGCCGGAAAACGGCGACAGCAAUGCGAGGAGGCCGGUUUGGAACCGGCCGCUAAACGGCGUCGUUGAGCCGGUUACUGUUAUGGGUGGAGCCGUCUCUUGGCCGGCGCUCUCUGAAACCACCCGCUCUGUUCCUAGAUCGUCCUCGGAUGCUUCUAGAAUCGUCUCUGACGGAUCAGUCCCCUCUUCACAGGUUACUGCUCCUAUAAUAUCACAACCUCCACAACGGUCAUCUCAUAAUAAUGCUAAUAAUGUUCAUGGUAAUUCCGGGGGAAAUAAUCCAAAUCCGGCUAGGCUAAGGAGGAAUCGCGGUGGUGGUGCUAGUGGUGGUGUUGGAAGAGGUAGCUUCUCAGUGAGUGGACCAUCUCAGGGUCUUUUUAAUCAGCCACCUCUCCCAAUGCCACCACCAUUUCCUGUUUUUGAAGUACCAUUUGGGGUUAUUCCUACUGUUCUGGAUAACUCUGUUAGAGGUCCGAGACCUAUCGGAGGAGGGGUCGGGCCAUCUCAUUCUGGAAAUGACCAUUCUACUCAGAGGAUUAACACAAGGAGGAACAACAACUAUGGCCCUCGUCCUCGGGGAGAUGGACAGUACCACAACAACCAUGGUGGAAGGCGUGAUCAUGACCGCAGAGAAGUCCAUCACCCCCCUCCUCCUUAUGCUCCCCCUCCCAUGGGAUAUAUGCCGCCUCCACUGCCGCCUGGUGCUGCCUCCUUUAUGGCACCGCCACCCAUGAUGCUUUUUCCUGGACAAAUGGGCUUUAAUAUGGAGUCUCCCUUUAUAUAUGUUCCACCUAUGCCACCUGUGAUUUUCCCUCCUGCUAAUGAGAAUCCAUUACCAAAUCCAAAUCUAUCUCCAAAUCCAUUACCAAAUAUGAUAGUCAACCAAAUAGACUAUUACUUCAGCGAUGCUAAUUUGGUGAAAGAUCCCUAUUUGAAGUCUAAGAUGGAUGAUAAUGGCUGGGUGCCCAUCUCUUUGGUAGCUUCGUUUCCACGAGUUCAGCGUUUAACAAAUGAUGUCCCUCUCAUUGUGGAAUCAUUGAGACAUCAUUCUACGGCUGUGGAAAUACAGGGUGACAUGAUUAGGAGGCGUAACGAUUGGAGUUUGUGGAUAGGUUCAAAUGGUGAUCCUAGCAGCAGUGGCUCCAUUUCAGCUCCGGAAAAUGCUCUGGCAGCCUCAUUAAAUGAGGUCUCAGUGGAUGAUGCCACAACCCAUGUAAAUGGCAAUCUUGGUGAUGCAAGAGAAGGUAGGUUGGAAAUGGCUGAUGGUCAGUUGCCUGAGGACUCGACCAUCUAGUCUGGGUUGGUGAAUGGAGACCACGCUGAUGAGGACCAUUCGAUUAGCUUGUGACCUUUCAUUAACGAAAGUUUUGCACAGCCAAGGUUUGGUUAUUUAUCCUUCAAUACGCCACGCCCUAUUUGUGGUUUGGUGAUGGUGUUUUCCCCUUAACACACAGUAAUGUGUAUGCAGCACAAGGAGAGGGAUGAAGGAGUCUUUGUAAUUUAUCAGACACAAGAAGGACCGGAGAAAAAUAAGGAGUGGAGCUGACCCUAGUUUAUUGCACAACUGAUUGUUCUUUUCCUGUUCACUAAUUGAUUUUUUGAAGCACCCGGGAGAGACGGUAUGAGGUGCACUUUCCUCAUUGAGAGUGGCUCUUCAUAUUUUUGUUGAUACUUUGCGAAUGACUCAUGAAUUCCAUUAUGAUUUGUGCUCUUAA